AUGUGUACUUCCCAAGAUACUUUUCGAAUCCCUCUAAUGAUAUCAGAUGAGAAGGUAUACCUCAACUUUUGCCAAUCUCGAGUCAUCAAUUCUCCAGGUACGAGAGCCCAAAGAAGUAUUAGGCAUACAUCUGUCUGGCCUUACCCCUACGCACAUGAUGAAUUGAGGUACCGCCGGAAUGCUAUUAACCCUAUCGUUACCACUAGACGAUAUGUACCACCAUCAGUUACUGUUAAAGUACCCCUAAAUAGUCCUUCCAGUCCCGAUAUAACAAUAAAAAUUGUAAACAGUAGUCAUACGCAAGAAAUAGAAGUUCCAAAUCAAACUUAUGGUGAUGGAACACAGAGUCCUAAUGAAUGCAGUGACAAUUGCACUGAUGCUAAUUGCAACUUAGCAGAAUCCGAUGCAUAUUUAGAUACAGAAACGAUUGAAACCAAUACAGAGACAAUAACGGAAACUGAAUCCGACGCAAAAGAAGUUGAUGGCGAGGCAGUAGCUGAAGCCGCCGUGGUGACUGAAGUAAUCACGACGACUACAGAGACUGAAACUUUAACCGAUGCUGAGGAGACUGCUGAGGGCGGCUGUACAAAUGCAGGUAGCUCUGGAAAUUCUGAUGGUUCAUCAACAAAUAGCGAAGCAUGUCAGAAUGACGAUACUGCAGAAGUAGGUGUAGCUACAGAUACAAUAACAGAAACUACGGUAACAGACAGUAUUUCUGAAGCAGCAGCAAUUGCGUAUGGAAACGAUACCACAAAAGCAGAAGCAGCAGCAACUACAGCCGCAAUUUCAGGUUCAAAUGAUUCGGUCAGCACAGCAGCAUCUAGUUCAGCCAGCGGUAGUGAUACCUAUGCUGCAUCGGCCACAGAAACAACAACCAAAACUUCUGGGACAGAAAGUGUAUCCGCUUCUUUCGCUGAAGCUCAGGGUGAAAAUGCUUCAGCUACAGCAGCUGCAGCUGUCGAAAAUGAUAAUUCCGAGACAAAUGGGGAAUCUAAUGGCAGUUCUGCUGUAAGUGAAACAACAACAUAUACCGAACCCAUAGAGCCCACAGAAACUUCUACAUAUUCUGAUUCAUUUGGAGACACCAAUAGUGAGAAUAUUACUGAACCCGAAACAUCACCAAGUGCUGAUGAUGGUAGUAAUCCGGAAGCUGCACCAAAAGAAGAAAAUACUGAUGAAGAACCACCCAAAUCUGAAGGUGCCGAAAGUGACUAG